AUGGAGGAUGACGUCGAUAUUUAUGCGGAUUUACCGAGUCUCGAUUUGAAUCCCGUGAAAAAUGACCAAGAUUGUAACUGCAAGGAAUUGAAGAAAGAGCUUGAUUCACUCGCGAGCAAAUUGGAAAAUAUGCAGAAGAUUAAGACAAAUUUGGAGAAGAAUCUGUCUUCCUUGCUCAAAACGGCAAAAGCUGAAAUUUCACGGAAGGAUAAGAUGAUAAAUGACCUCAGGAAACAGUUGGACGAUGUAACCUUUAGAAGGAGCAACAGAAGUGAAGCUUCAGGUUCUUCUACUCAUAGAUUACCGCAUCAACAUACUGCGAAGUAUGAAAAUGUUCCCUCGACGCAUUCACAAGAAAGUGAAACUGAAUCGCAUGAAAUUCAAUUCCAUCACGACGAGUAUAAAAGUAGGAAGCCACAGACUGAUGUUAACCGGAUACCCACAUUGUUUGGGGAAAGAUUACAAAAAAGACUUAUGGAGAGUGAAGAGGAGGAGAAAAAGCAAAAGGAAAUGUUAAAGCUUGGCGUGGAAGUUAAAUCAGCAGAUAUUCCUGAAAACAACGUUGUGGAAAACGAUAAGGAGAUUGGAUCUCAAUUCGGUACAAACGACAACAAUGAAUCUAAUAUUGAACGAUGUUCUAAUUCAGAACCCCCCGACAGAGAAUCGUACAAAAAGAAAAGGACGAAUGAAGAGGAUGAUACGCGCAGACAUAAGCGUUUAAAAAUGGAAAAUAAUGAAGAUAAAACUACGACCGAAGAAACCGAUUACAAUUACCUUACACAGUAUCCUGUAACAGACAAUUCUGCGCAAUACGAGAACAAAGAUGGUCCCGUAAAAUUCGAAAAUCGGCCGAAUGCAGGACAUUCUUUUAAAAAGGAAGAAGUUCCAUUUUGUACUGGACGUAGAGCCUCUUCCGAGUAUCGAGACACGAAACAGGAUCGAAGUUGUGCAAAUGGAUGGAGAAGUGACUCGAAAAAUAAUUCAACAAAGGAUCACGACAGUUCCAAUGUCAAGAACGAUCUUGUUGAUAGUUUAAGAAAUUCUCGGACGUCAAAUUAUGUUUCAGAAAGAUUUAAUAAUGGUUAUAAGAAGAAUGAGUAUAGUCACAGACACAGUCCGCCUAGAAGAAGAAGCUACUCUAGAAGCAGGAGCGAUUAUGAGAGUUCGAGUAGUCAUCGUUUACGUGAAAGAUCCAGUAGGACAUAUAGAGAAAAGAAGCAUGAUGAUUAUAUAUACGAUAGCCGAUACAAAAACGAGAGAUUAAAGAAAAACCACGAGAGCGAGGAAAGUGACGGGAAAACGAGAUAUAGGCGUGGAGAACGUGACGUUCUACGGGAUAGAUCCAGAUACUCGAGUGACAGAGAAAGCAGUAGCUCGUAUAAGAAUAAGAAUACAAAUCAACUGGAAGUGGCGGAUAUUAGUACAAAAAAAAUUGAAGUAGCGCCAUAUCUGCAACAAAAUUUGAAAGAUUGCGGGGAAGCAAUUCAAUUAAGUUCUAGCAAAAAUGAUGAAAUAUAUAAUUGUAGAAAAAAUGAAGACACAUGCAAAUCUCAUAUUAAUAAAGAUUUAAUGGAUUCUGUUGCUCAGAAUAUUGGAGCAAUUGAACAAGUGCACGACAGUGAUAUUGACGAUAAUGAUAAAAAUGACGCUGAUAAAACAUCAAAGGAUUUUAUUACUGACGCUAUUACUGAAACUGUUGUUACUGAAACUGCCGUUACUGAAACUGCUGUUACUGAAACUGCCGUUAUCGAAACUGCUGUUACUGAAAUUGCUGUUACAGAAACUGCUAUUACAGAAACUGCUGAAUCUGUUAAAAUCAAAGAGACGACUGCUGAUAUUGAAAGUGUCACUAAAAUCAAAGAGUCAGAUGAUUCUAAUAAUCAAUUCGAAAGUGCUACUAAAAUAGACAUUCCCAAUAUUGAAAGUGUCGUUGAAAUCACAGAGGUGAAUAAUUUUAAUAUUGAUAACAGUAUCCAUAAAAUUGAUGGCGAUGAAUUAAAAACUUCUACCGCUAAAGUUGUUACAAAAGUGGAGGCUGUGCUUAAUUGUGAUAUUGAGGAUAGAGAUAAAAGUCAAGCGCCAAUCGAAAGCGAAACUUUUCAUCAAAUGUCAAGUAAGAGCAACGUCGAAACGUGCCUCAACGAUCAUAAUUAUGUUCAGAGUCCUUCUAUCGAUGUCUCGGAUCUCGGUGCAACGAAAAAGUCGCCUUUGAAGUCGGAAUGUGGUGAAGCUGUUCCGGAAACAACAACAACAACAACGUCAAAGGAAACGAAAGCGGAAAAAAUCAAUGUUCAAUCGGUCAAUAGUGUUAAGAGAACAGUGUCGUCUACAGUGAAGAAUAAAAAAGACCAGCAGAGCAAAGGGAUAUUAAUUUCGCAUCGUCGAAAAGCCGUGAUACUGAGCGACAGUAACGCGUCUAUGACCGUCUUGAUGAACGCGAAC